AUUCUUUCCUAUUCGACUACGAGUGCAUCAUCUACAGUCUUCGGUUGAGCAUGAGAUGGAUUUGAUGCAUUGCUUCGCUUCCAGGAGGAUUGCCAUUGGUGCAUAUCGCCGCGUGUUCCUUCACCAGUCGCAUCAACAGCCUCAUCGUCAUCAUCACCAUCAUCAUCAUCACCAUCAUCAUCAUCACGGCCAAACCCACAACCAGCCCAACCCACCAUCCAUCAGCACAGUUUCAUGCCAGCAACGCAGCCUAUGGAAAGGAAAUAAAAAAUCCGCUCCCCGUCGCUCCGACGUCUCCUCCCCCCCCCCCCCCCCCCCCCCCACAACACCAUCCAGACUGUAACUUCAUCCAAAAUAUAGUAAGUAAAAAGAAGAGGCACAGAGCAUAAACAAAGGAUUCGCACCACGUGCCAACAAAAUCCUCCUCGUACCACAAAACCUGCAAGAAUACCCACCUCAGCCCUCGAAAUUUGCACCUUCUCCAGGCCAAGGUAUCAAAGUACCUACCUACCGUAACGGUACGACAUUAUGUAUUAUUAUACGGCAAUAUAAAACCAGAUGGGGACCCCAAU